GAUCGGGUGUCGUUCGUAGAUCUUUCCUUAUUAUACGAACUGCUACGAACAAUUUGUCACCACAGUCGAUUGAGAAACACUAUCAAUUGAGUUUUAUGGGAACGAUGUUCGGGGAAAAUGGUUUAUGCGUUACAUAUCGGCACAAUCAAUAUCGCACGUCAGAAUAAACGAACGGACGAAAUUCGUUCGGGGCUCGACACAAAUUUGUACUUCUUAUCGGUACGAAGGUGGUCGAUUGUCAACAAAGUAUCGACAGUGAAAUCGGUGUUUCAUAGAAACCGAUUCGAGGCUCGAACAGGAGCCCCUCGACAACGACUAUUCGAUUAAUUGAAUUACAAGUGGAACACACGGUUUUCCCGUGGAGCUUGCCCCUCGUUUCCGGCAUUCUCGCUACUUUUUGGAACGCACGCCUCCAGAGGCAGUCCAUUUACACGUAAUUCAAUUACUGUUAUUACUUAAUUGAAUAAAUAAGCCACUUCUAGAUCUAGUCCGAGACGUAGCUUUCUCAUCGAACACGAUAUUCUCUCAGGAAUCGAUGAUCCGUCACUGAACUCUCAUGAAUUCGAAAGAUGUAUGAGAUGGCCAAACUCGUAGCAAACGGAAUCAUUUAUUUGUGUCUACUGUGUAAUAUUAUCGGAGCUAACGAAAGCAACGACAACAAUGCUCAGGAUGUAGUAGUACCGGAAGUAGUAUACAAAACUCCGGAGGUAACUGGACUCGCGUAUUUAGUGGAAACUUUCGACGAUCAUGAAAAAUUUAAGGAGACAUGGGUGUUGUCGGAGGCUAAGAAAGAUUCUAUAGACGAUGAUAUAGCAAAUUAUGACGGAGUCUGGUCUAUAGAAGAACCUAAGAAACAUGCGCACGAGGGUGAUCUAGGACUAGUGCUUAAGAGUAAAGCUAGGCAUGCUGCGGUAUCUACAGUAUUAUCUAAACCAUUCCAUUUCAAAGACAAACCAUUAAUAGUACAAUACGAAGUGAAUUUCCAAGAAGGUCAAGAAUGUGGAGGGGCCUACUUAAAGCUCCUCACGUUGGACCCAGAACACAUGGAUUUGAAGAAUUUUCACAAUAAAUCUCCUUACACUAUAAUGUUUGGGCCUGACAAAUGUGGAAACGAUCACAAGUUACAUUUUAUAUUCCGGCAUAAAAAUCCUCUGAAUGGUUCGAUAGAGGAGAAGCAUUGUAAAAAACCAAGGGAACGUUUAGAAGAGUUUUUCAAGGACAAACAAUCUCACCUCUACACCUUGAUCAUCCGUCCGGAUAACAGUUUUGAAAUCAAAGUGGACAAUAAGGUUGUGAAUUCUGGUUCGCUGCUGGACGACUUCACACCCCCCGUGAACCCACCUUUGGAGAUAGAAGAUCCUACGGAUGUUCAGCCCGAAGAUUGGGACGAUAGAGAAAAGAUCCCAGAUCUGUCGGCUGCUAAACCAGACGACUGGGACGAAGAUGCUCCAGCACAAAUUGUCGACGAAGACGAUGUCAUACCUGAGGGGUGGCUCGAGGACGAACCGCCGAUGAUACCUAAUCCUGACUCUGUAAAACCCGAAGACUGGGACGUGGAAAUGGACGGGGAAUGGGAACCUCCUGACAUACCAAAUCCAAAAUGUGUCGAUGUAGCGGGUUGCGGGCCGUACAAACAGAAGAUGAAGAAGAACCCGCGAUACAAGGGAAAAUGGUCGCCUCCCUUAAUCAACAAUCCCAAUUACAAAGGGAAAUGGAAGCCUAGGUUGAUACACAAUCCCAAUUACUUCAAUGAUGAACACCCAUUCCGAAUGACAUCCAUUUUCGCUAUCGGCUUUGAACUUUGGUCUAUGUCCACAGACAUAUAUUUCGACAAUAUUUUGAUUACCGAUGACGAAGAAGUAGCAAAGAAAUGGGCCGAUGAUACUUUUGAAGUACGUCGCGCUAGAAUCGCGGAAGAAUGUGUAACUCUGUGGGGUCGCAUUUUAAAAGCUACGAAUUAUAAACCAGGCUGGUGGGCGUUGUAUUUCUUGUAUUGCGCGAUACCAGUCGUAUUAUAUAUCUGGUAUUUACUGAAACGGUUCCGUGAGGACAAGUAUGACUUGAAAGACGAAGAUAAACAGCCCCUGGUCUCAAACGAGGAGGCGAUAGCGCAACAGGAAUCGAACGAGUAUCAAACUUCCAGUACCGAAGCUGAGGAAAAAACUGAGGAAAAUACUGAGGAGAAAACUGAGGAAAAACCCGAGGUGGUGGCGGAGAACGAAAUUGAGGUGGCAGAGAUCGAAAGUGAGAAAUCAGUGGACGAAUUCGAUAAGAACGAGGAGGGGACCGAAAAGUUAAUAGAAAGCGAAGACAGCGACAAGCCAGCGAUGGGUGGCGACGGACCAAGAAGAAGAAAACCAAAUAAAGAAUAUGUCGCGAACACUACCAACAUGUACAUUCGGUCCGAUUAUUGGACGGUGCAGUCUACUCUGCCUACACGAUCCAUUUACGGCGGUUGUAUCAAACACGACGAGUACUCACAAUACACGUUUAUUCUUGAAAUGGCUAGUGACAUGGACUCGAAAAAACCUGUCAAGGAAUUGGUGGAAAAGAAAAACGAAGCUGCCAAACAAUUUUAUUUAGCUAAAAAAUAUAAAAAGGCGUUAAAUGAAUACAGCGAACUUAUCGAAUUAUGCCCAAGCGAAUAUCGUUAUUAUGGAAACAGAGCUGCUUGUUAUAUGAUGAUUAACAAAUAUUCUGACGCCUUAAAAGACUCAGAAAUGUGUACAAACUUGAAUCCAAAGUUUUUCAAAAGCUAUGUGAGAAUAAUAAAAUGCUCUCUAAUUUUGGGGAAAACCAACCUAGCUCAAAAUUAUUUAAACGUAUUAAUGAUACUCGAUCCAAAUAAUGAAGCAUUACCCAGAGAGAAGAACAACUUGUUCCAUGUACAGAAGUAUACUAAAGAGGGCGAAGAUGCGUAUACCAUGGGGGAUUAUCGUAAGGUUGUCUACUGUAUGGAUCGUUGCUGCGACGUCAGUUCUUAUUGUCCAAAGUUUAAAUUAAUGAAAGCACAAUGUUUAAUAUUUUUAGGAAGAUAUCAAGAAGCACAAGAAAUUGCCAAUAAUAUUCUACACAUCGACAAACAGAAUGUGGAUGCUAUAUACGUUCGUGCGACGUGUUUGUAUUUUCAAGGGGACAUCGAUAAAGCAUUCGCACAUCUUCAACAAGCGCUUAGAUUGGCUCCAGAUCAUGCCAAGGCACUGGAGAUAUACAAGCGAGUUAAAAGUUUGAAGAAGAAAAAGGAGGAGGGAAACAUCGCGUAUAAAAAUAACCAAUUUCAAACGGCGUACGCGUUGUACACGGAAGCAUUGACUAUAGAUCCCCUGAAUCUUGCAAUGAAUGCAAAACUUCAUUUCAAUAAAGCAACAGCUGCCGCAAAAUGCGGCCUUUUACAAGAAGCGGUCACGGAAUGUACGGAAGCAUUGAAGUUUGAUGAAAAUUAUUUGAAAGCUCUACUAAGAAGGGCAUCGACGUACAUGUUACUCAAAGAUUACGAACCCGCUGUCCAUGAUCUAGAGAAAGUAUGCAGGCUAUGCAACAUCCGAGAACACAAACGGUUACUUAUGGAAGCACAGUUCGCAUUGAACAAAUCGAAGAGGAAAGACUAUUAUAAGAUUCUAGGUAUCGAUAAAAAUGCGUCAACCGAUGAUAUUAAAAAAGCAUAUAGGAAAAGAGUAAUGGUGCAUCACCCAGAUCGACACAUGAAUGCAACGGAAGGGGAAAGGAAAGAACAAGAGAAGAUGUUUAAGGAAGUUGGAGAAGCUUAUGGAAUUCUAUCCGACCCUAAGAAGCGAUCGCGUUAUGACAAUGAGCAUGAUAUAAAUGAUUAUGAUAGAUACGACAAAGAUAAUUCUACGGCAUUUAGACACCAAACUUCGCCCUUCUUUUGGUUUCCUCAAUAAAUUUUUAAGUACAUUGCAUAUGUUACACACAGUAUUUUAUUCGAAACGACUUCUAUAUGUUUUUAUAGACAUUGGUUUUAAUGGAGUAUUUGGUUAUACUAGAAGUAUAACCGGACUCUUUGAUUAUUUCAAUAAUCGUGCUCAUUCUUAUAUAUAGGACAUUAUUGCCCCUCUAUUUUUCCACAUUGGAAAAAUAGACAGAUUGUUACAUUAAGAUACAAUAAAUUCUUUAAUAUAGAACUGUA